UUUUUUUUAAUUGUUUUAUUAUCUUUCACAGUAUAGAUCUACUAUAGUAGUAGGAUCACAUUUGUGGCACCCACCUUGUUUCUCAUGUAGGACAUUCAUGUGAAAAGCUGGUCUUCUUCUUCAAGUUACACUUUGGAAGACUUAACAUUGUGAACCAAGUGAACCAGGACUUUAAAAGCUUCAUGUCCUCACAAACCUCUUCAUUUUUAGAUUGAGUGAGUGAGUUUGUUGGUCACCCAUCCUGUGUGUUUGUGUGUGGACGAGGGGGUCAGUCAGUUAUCUUCAGCCUCCUCCUCUUCCUCCUCCUGCUGCUGCGUCGCCCCAGAUGUGAGACGUGAUGGGCAGCCAGGGCAGCCCGGUGAAAAGCUACGACUACCUCCUCAAGUUCCUCCUGGUGGGAGACAGCGACGUUGGCAAAGGAGAGAUCCUGGACAGCCUGCAGGACGGCUCUGCUGAAUCCCCGUACGCUUACAGUAGCGGUAUCGACUAUAAAACCACGACCAUUCUUCUGGAUGGGAGGAGAGUGAAGCUGGAGCUUUGGGACACAUCGGGGCAGGGACGGUUCUGCACCAUCUUCCGCUCUUAUUCCCGCGGAGCUCAGGGCAUCCUGCUGGUUUAUGACAUCACCAACCGCUGGUCGUUCGACGGCAUCGACCGCUGGAUCAGAGAGAUCGAUGAGCACGCUCCCGGCGUUCCUCGGAUCCUCGUCGGUAACCGGCUGCAUCUGGCCUUCAAGCGGCAGGUUCCCACCGAGCAGGCGCGGGCGUACGCCGAGAAGAACGGCAUGACGUUCUUCGAGGUGAGCCCGCUGUGCAACUUCAACGUCAUCGAGUCGUUCACGGAGCUGUCGCGCAUCGUCCUGAUGAGGCACGGCAUGGAGAAGUUCUGGAGGCCCAACAGAGUCUUCAGCCUGCAGGAUCUCUGCUGCAGAGCCAUCGUGUCGUGCACGCCGGUCCACCUCAUCGACAAGCUCCCGUUGCCCGUCGCCAUCAAGUCUCACCUCAAGUCCUUCUCGAUGGCGAACGGCAUGAACGCCGUCAUGAUGCACGGACGCUCGUACUCGCUCGCAAACCCGGCCGGCGGCUCCAAGGGCAACAGCCUGAAACGCUCCAAGUCCAUCCGCCCGCCUCAGAGCCCGCCGCAGAACUGCACCCGGAACAACUGUAAGAUCUCCUAAAGACGGAGCGCCGCCGCCGUCGUCACCACCGCUGCUGCUGCUGCCGCCGCUGCCGAUGAAGAUGAUGAUGAUGAUGAUGAUGAUGAUGAUGAGAGACGGCGAAGCAUCAUCAGGAGACGCGUGUACAGGAAGUUGUGAGCUGGAGGUGAAGCGACGCAUCUCUGAUACUCAGAGCUGAACGAUGGAUGAAGAGCUGCCUCCCUCCUCCAGGUGAUGAUGAGGAAGAUGAGGAAGAAGAAGAGGAAGGCUCGGGUCUCCGCAGGCCUGAAUUUCCCCAUUACCAACCGCGAAGAUACAAAGGAAAGAAAGAAAGAGAGAAAGAGAGAGAGAGAGAGACUCGAUGUUAACUACAUGUACAGAAAUACGACGCGACUCGUCGUCACCUCAACGUUUAUCCUCCGACUUUGUGUUUUUCUUUCCGUCUGGUUUUUAUAACUUCACCUUUUUUUUCCUGUUUGUUUAUUUUUAUUUUUGGUUUUUUUUAAAAUUUUAUUAUUUUGUUUGUUUGUUUGUUUGUUUGUUUUGUUUUUUUAAAGACCAAUAAGCUACAGAGUGAUGAUAGAAACACUAGAGAGCAGCAGCGUUGUUUCAUGUUCAAAGAGUUUUAAAAAUGUCUUGACAACGAGAUGAGAAAACCAGAACCAGGACUAUGACCUGGACCAGGACCAUGACUAGGACUAGGACCUGGACCAGAACCAGAACCAGGACCUGGACCUGAACUAGGACCAGGACCAGGUCUCAGGUCUAGAGAGCUUUCAGUCCUGUUCAUCAUCGUUAUUUUGUGCUCAGAUGUUUUUAUUUGAGCGAAGUUACAAAAAAAUAGCUGAAGGGAAAAAUCCUGGUGAUGAGACGAGAGAACCAGAACCAGGACCUGGAUCAGGACCUGAACCAGUUCUCAGGUCCAGGUUCAGGACCAGAGAGCUUUCAGUUCUCCUGUUUAUCAAUUUUAUGUUCGAACUGAAGUUUUAUUUGAUUGAAAAGUUUAAAAAAAUCUUGGCAACAAGAUGAGACAAAGUUCCCUUGUUGUUAUAAAGAGGACCAGAACCUGGAUUAGGAUCAGGAUCAGGACCAGGAUCAGGACCAGGACCAGGUCUAGUGGAUAACCAGUCAGUCCUCCUAGUUAUCGAUCGUUGUUUUGUCCUCGCAUGUGUUAUUUGAGCAAAGAAUUAAAAAAUCUUGGCAACGAGACGAGAGAACCAGAACCAGGACCAGAAUCUGGACCUGGACCUGGACCAGGACCAGGACUAAGAACAAGACCAGGUCUCUGUUCUCAGGUCCAGGUCUAGUGAUCAGUCAGUCCUUCUAGUUAUCGAUCGUUGUUUUUAUUCACGUUUUAUUCGAGCGAAGAGAUUAAAAAGUCUCUCGAAGUUCUUCUGUAGUUAUAAAGAGAACCAGAACCAGAACCAGAACCUAGACCAGGACCAGGACCAGAACCAGAACCAGAACCAGAACCAGAACCAGGACUAGGACUAGGACCUGGACCAGGUCUCAGGUCCAGAGCUGUGGCUGGUAUCAUUAUAAAACACUGAUAGCAGCACCAACCCAA